UGUUGCAAUCAACACAUCAUCAGGAGCUUGCAAUGUUGCAGAAAAGAGGAUGAAAUCCAAGCAAACACGUUCAGAGUGCGUGUGUUAGCUACCCACACUGGUCAACUAACACCCAGGUACCUACUUACUGCUAGGUGAAUGAGACAACAGGUAUAAAGAAAUGCACCCAAUGUUUCCACCCUUGCCGGGGAUUGAACCACAGACUCUCAGUGUGUGAGGUGAGAGUAUUGCCUACCAGGCGAUGGGCCACCAUUUUUUUUAGUUUUAUCUACAUUAUUAUUAGAAAAAAUUCUGAUUCUUAUUCCAGGGAGCCAAUGUUGGUAGUGCCGCAGGUACGGCGCGCUGCUGGCACACAGGGACUACAGCACCACUCACCUCGCUGCAUCACCACCAGGACCAGACCUACUGAUUCUGUGGUGAGAGUGUCGGCGCCGACAGUGUUCUUGCCGCAGGAGGCACAUCUCAAAACUCAAAACGAGGGAAGAAUGCUCUUUCAUCUUCAGGAUUCUGAUCUGGCUGAACUAUUUUCUGAACUUGUGGACUCAGGAGGAAGUCCAACAGUUAGUGGGGAUGUUAUAGGUUAUUGUUACACUCUUGUGGAGAGCCUCAAGACAUGGUUACAGGGGCGGCACUGGGAUGUUCUGAGCCUCUAUAACAGUGACCUUCCUGACGACCGUUACAAGAUGCCUCAUUGCAGUGUUGGUGGUGGAACUGCCUCUUCAAGGGUAGUAGUGUUUGCAGGGCUGGGAGACAUCUUUCUGGGAGAUGAACAAUUUGAUUGUCUAGUGUUUGUAAAGGGCAGUAGUGCCUGCUUGACUGCUGUAGCACAGGCUGUCGAACGCAUAGUAGGGACAAAAUGUUUCUACCCUCCAGAUCUCUGGCAGUUUUCAGAGUGGCACCUCCGACAGGAAUAUUCAGUGACUCUAGCAUCUAUACAAGCUGACGUGUGUGUGGUGGGCCCUAGCGCAGACAUUAAUGAACUUCUAACUAUUGAGUCUGUCCCUUGGUAUGUCAAGACACUUAGUGUCUUGUAUUUAUUAUUCCCAUGGAUCCAUAAAAUGCUGAAUAAGGAGGUAAUAUUGAUUAGACUGUCAGUUUACAGUGCUGUUAUGGGGUUCACCAGGCUGACAUUACCACCUGUUUCUGAAAUGAAAGGAUCCAAUGACUUCAUUAUCAGUACAGCUGUGUAUGCCUUAGCUCCCUCAUGGAGUAGAACUGAGUUGUUAGCUGAGCACAUUUACAAAAGGAUCUGUGCAGCCUUGUCCCAGUCCGGGACUGUCAUCAAACUAGAUGAGGUUAAGAGAAUACUAGCAGCUAUCAACUGGCCAAGAGAAGCUACAAAUAGCAGAGUGGAUGAAGUGAUCGGACAGGUGUUAGCCAUCAAUAAACAAGGUCAUUUUGAUCUAAAGACUGAAAGGGUAGACUUAAUACCAAUAGAUGAGCUGGAAGUAGAGUUUCACCUUAGCCGCUGGUCUGCAAGCCUCUUGGAACAAAUGAGAAUGGUGUACAUAAAUUUCAGGGGAAAAACUGUCAGGUUUGGUGUUGCUGUCAGGGAAGCAGCCAGGACCCACUUGGAAGGUUUACAUGAAGCUUUCACCAGAGAGCUCAGUUCUAUUGACCAGAUAGCAGAUGAUGUCAGCAGAUACCCAUAUCUCAGCUGCAGGUAUACCAUUCCCACACAAUACAGAAUAUCCACAUUCCCUCGAAUCUGUUAUUUAGGUUUACUGUAUUUCAUGAAGAACCUUGAGACAGAAAAAGAAAAGAAGACUUUUGAGCAGUAUAACAUCAGCAGAGUUGCUGAGGCCAUUACAAGCCAGGGAGACAGAAAGCUAGUUGAGAGCCUGGCUCAAGUCUUGCCCACGGAAAUUCUGUAUUUAACAGCUCAGCUGGUUGCUAUGUGUUCAGAAAAGCAGGGUGACAUCAUAGCAAGCAGCAUGGAUGAUGCAGAAGUGGAAGCCUUGCUUGACCUCCUGAAGCAGAAGCCACAACCAGGACCCUGGUACCUAGCUAAAAUACAUGCCAGGAAUGUAGCACAAGCAAAAUCCACAGAGCUGCUAAAAGUGAGGGCACAGGAGGGAGUUGGCGAGCAGAAGAAUGACAGGAGAGCAGGCAACCUGGUGGAGACAACACAGACUAUGAGCAAGAGAGUGAACAGAGGUUCACAGAAUCACAACACCAUGACAACACUAACAGACAAACUCACCAACAUGAGAGACACAGCACCCAUGACAGACACUCCUGAUGAAAGACUGGUAAGACAUGAGAUCCUAUAUGCUAGAUCUGUCUGUUACAUGGCUCAUAAUGAGCCUAUCCUACCACCAUAACAAGUAGCAAUAGUACCAGUGGUAGUAGUAGUAGUAGCACUACUAAUAGUAGUAGUAGUGACUGGUUACAGUGACAAACUGCAUGCAGUCAAGACUUGACUUGCAUUAACUGACCAGUUAAUAGAGAACUCCUGGUUACUCAGACCAUUUCAGGCAACCUUUAAUUACCUUACAACUAACAACUAGACAGUUGUUUAAUUAGUUAACUACAGUGCCAUGGUUCAUAUUCCUUGGCAUCGUACAUAAUUUGUUUCAUGAUUUAUUGCAUUUUGAGGAUUUCUGUAAUAAUUUAUUAUAAGACUGGUAGUGGUGGGCAUUGACAUAGAACAUGCUAAUGAGAACAUAAGUAUGAAUGUUAAUAUGAUGUGGAUCGACAUGGUUAAUGUUAAUAAAGCAAACUUUAAUAUAAUUAAUAUAAGCAGGGUUCAAAUCAGAUCAAGAAAGUGUUCUGGAUCUAUCUUCUUGAAGCUGAUGACUAGAGACAAACAUUUUACACAGUACACAAAUAACCCGCACAUAGGAGAAAGAAACUUACGAAGAUGUUUCUGUCCAACUUGAAUGAUUAACUAGUCACACUAACACAUGAAGAUAAGGGAGCCAGUAAAGUUAUCAUACAUAGUAUAAAUUAUCUAGGAUAACCCAAAUAAUCCAGACAAAGUGCUAUACAGUGGAUCUGUGCUCCAGUGCCCUAAAUUAAUAAUAAUAUUAAUAAUUAUUAUUAUUAUUAUUACAAUAAUACAUAUGUACUAAUAUUAAUAAUAAUUAUUAUUAUUAUUACAAUAAUACAUAUGUACUAAUAUUAAUAAUAUUAUUAUUAUUAAACUAUAAUCGUGUCCACUCAUUACUUACCUUAAAAUAUCUGUAGUCUUAAUGUAGAGUGAGAGGUGAGUAAACAAGAUUAAAUGAAUAAACGAAUGAGUGUGUAGAAGGUUGGCGAGUUAUGUAAACAAACGUUGUUGUUGUUGUUGUUGUUGUUGUUACCAGCCCGGACACGAAUGAUUCCCGUUCACUCUGUUAAGCCGACCAGAAAAACAUCUUAUAUUUGUUAAUUUAUAUGUUUAUAUGUUAUGUAGCAUGUUUAUUAUAUAAUUUUGAAAAAGAAAUCAUAGAUGGAUUAAGCCAAAUGUCUAUAUCAACAUUUUAUACACAUUUACUGCGCCUCAGUGAUUAUUAUUAUGUUAUUAUCAUUAUUAAUAUGGCAUCUUCAAGACCAAUUACUCUUAAUGAGUGGCUCUGAGACAGACAAGCAGACAGAAAGACAGACACAGGUAGACAGAAAGACACUCAGGUAGACAGAAAGACA